AUGGCGAUAUCACAAACGCGAGCAGCGGCCAUCUCGUCCAUGGGGAUAAGGGCCCUCAGUUACUUCUUCCUGAGAUGGGCAAUGCUUCCGUUUGGUCCUGCGCUCAUUUUCACACUCUUCGCCAUCUAUCUGCCUACUUUCGUGUCUGGCUUCCGCAAGGAGCCCAAGUACAACUUGGUUGACGAAGUCGACGUGGUUGUUACCGAAACAACCAUCAGGGAUGACAAUGCUGAGGAGGACGAUAGCCCUGGAGCACCUACUCCUAACGGUAACGAAAAGGUGAUCGCCGAACAGGUAGAUGUUCAAGAGACUAUCUCCAUCGAGAAGCGACCCAUGCACGCUUUGCGCACUCUACUUAGCGGCGCACCCAACCCGCGGAGCCUGGCCCUGUCCGCGCUGACCUUCUUGAUUAACGCUGCGUUGGUUGGCUUCGUUGCUGAUCGGUUGUUCCGCGAGCGUUACUAUGGUGCCGAGGACCUUUCCUUUGCUCGCGUUGGCUAUGUCGGCGAACACGAAGCCAAGCUCUUGAUCCGUGAGCCUGAUCAGUCCAUGAUGCCCAUCAACGUGCAAAUUCAUCUCAAGGACCCCCAGCCUCCUUUCGACAACCCUCUGUGGCAAUCAGUCGGCGGUGUCAGAUGGACCGGAAACGAGACCGAUUACACUGCUGUUGUUACGAUUCCUCUCCGCAACUCGGGACAGCGAACUUACGAAUGGAAGACCUCAAACAACCACACCGGAGAGUUCACCACCCCACCCAAGGUUGGCUCUGCGUUUGAAACCGGCGAGGGCCCUUUCACCUUCCUCUCAACCUCCUGCAUCGUGAGCCGCUUACCCUACAAUCCGGCUGACCAUCCGUUGGCCAUUCCCGGUAUGCGACACCUGGCCAAGGUCCUCCCUAGCCUGGGUGCCCAGUUUAUGCUUUUCCUUGGAGACUUCAUCUACAUCGAUGUUCCGCGCUAUUGGGCCAAGAGCACCGAGGAAUACCGCAAGAAGUACCGUCAGGUCUACGCUUCCCCUGACUGGCAGGCUGUCGGUCAAAACCUCAGCUGGAUCCACGUUCUGGACGAUCACGAAAUUCAGAACGACUGGUCUGCCAACACCACCGGCGUGUACCAGAACGCCAUUGACCCUUACAACCACUACCAUGCGGCUGCCAACCCUCCCCUGGCCAAGAAGGCCGGUGCCCUCAGCGCUCGCAGCGGAGCCACGUACUUCGAGUUCACCCAGGGCCCCGCAAGCUUCUUCCUGCUUGACACUCGCACCUACCGCUCGAACAACAAGAUUGCCUUUACUGACGAUGCCAAGACUAUGCUGGGCGCCGGACAACUCGAAGACUUCAUUGCAUGGCUCAGGCGCCCCGAGCCAAAGGGCGUCAAGUGGAAGAUUGUCGCUUCGUCUGUCCCCUUCACCAAGAACUGGGGCGUCAACACCCAGGAUACCUGGGGCGGCUUUUUGACUGAAAGAAAGCGAAUUCUGGAGGCCAUGUGGGAUACCGCGAGCAGGGGUAUCGGUGUGAUUGUCCUGUCUGGCGACAGGCACGAGUUCGCUGCUACCAAGUUCCCGCCGCCGAUGAACAGCACUUGGCCUGAAACCGCCACGGUGUUUGAGUUCUCUGCUAGCCCGCUGAGCCAGUUCUACUCGCCUAUUGGCACGUAUAGACAGAGAGAUAGCGAGGAUGUUGAGAUUAAGUACAUCAACAAAGGCAACUCCAAGUUCGGUGCUAUCACUAUUGAGAACCUCGAGGGAGGUGAUCAGAGCAGCUUGAAAUACCGUCUGUUUGUCGAUGGCGAGGAGGUCUGGAACACUGUUGUUCUCUCCCCACCGGUCGUUGUUGAGGAUGUCAGGCCUGCUAUCGCAGCUGGCUCGUGGUGGGAGCGGUUGUUCGCAUGGAGGAGAUAA